AUGGCUGAAAACAAGUACCUCACAACCGACAAGGAUAGCUUUCCUUAUGUCUUUAUCAGGAAUAUUGACAUCCCACUCAAUACGUAUGAGAAGGGUCUUCUUCGAGCAAAUGUCUUUCUUCCCAAGGAUGCGGCUCCCUUUGGCGACAAAACAUACCCUGUUAUCGCUACGUACGGCCCGUACGGAAAAGAUGUUCCCUAUGAGAUAUUCUACAAGAAAAGCUGGGAACAGCUAAAUCCUGAAAUGAAGUCCACGCAUUCAGCUUGGGAGACACCUGAUCCUGCCUAUUGGACAAGCAAGGGCUACAUCGUUUUGAGGGUUGACGAAAGAGGGGCUGGUCAAAGUCCUGGUCUCCUUGAUACUAUGUCCCGUGGUACAAGUGAAGCUUUCUUUGAUGUCAUUGAGUGGGCUGCCGAGCAAGAGUGGUCUUCAGGUAAGGUUGGCCUUCUUGGAAUCAGCUACUAUGCCGGUACUCAAUGGAGAGUCGCUGCGAGGAAGCCCAAGGGACUCGCUGCUAUCAUCCCUUGGGAGGGCAUGAGUGAUUACUACCGGGACCGUGUAAGACAUGGAGGUAUUCUCUCGGACAGGUUCAUUGAUUUCUGGUGGAACAAUGGAGUUAGUCCAAACCAGUACGGCAAACCAGGCCGCAGCGCUAGAAGCUGGGGCGAGGAUACCCUUGAAGGUGACCUUGACGAGGAGACCUUACUCAAGAAUCGUCGAGAUCAGACAGUAGACACUGCUGUACACAAGUUUCGUGACGAGGAGUAUUAUCGUACUCGAGACUUUGAUGUCGAGGCUAUCGAGGUUCCUCUGCUCAGUGUCGCCAAUUGGGGAGGCAUCCUGCUUCACCUCCGAGGAAACGUCCUCGGUUGGAUCCGCGCCAGCUCCGAAUACAAGUUUCUCCACUUCAUUGUUGGUAGACACGACUUGCCCUUUUACUACCCCGAGUCGGCUAAACUCCAACUAUCUUUCUUCAACUCCUUUCUGAAGGAUGACGAUAAAGAUGGCUGGAAGUCUGGCAAGCAACCGAGGGUUCGCCUUACGUUGCGGAAGGGUGAAGCUGGAGUUGAUGACCCUGACCGCGAACGUGGUUUUCCCAGCAGAGACGAGGCAGAUUGGCCAUUGCUUGGGACUAACUACACUAGGUUCUACCUGACCUCUGACAAUUCAUUGAGUACGAAACCGUCAACGUCAAUCAGCACAAUCAAUUAUGAUGCUCUGAAUGGCGAGCCUAUCCGUUUUGGAUACAAGACCCCUUUUGCUCUGGAGAUUACAGGCCAUAUCGUCGCCCAUUUAACUGUAGCUGCGGCUCGAAGGUCGGUUGAUGCCGCUCCUCCUUCAGACAUCGAUCUGUUUAUCACCCUUCGCAAGCUCAACGCCAAAGGCGAAGAAGUCUUCUACACUGGCACAAUGGGUGACCCCGUUCCCAUCGUGAAAGGCUGGCAGCGAGUCUCCCUGCGCAAAGUGGAUGAGAGCAACAAAUUACACAAGGAAUAUUUGCCUUACCGCAACUACUACUCAUCCGACGUGCAGCCAGUUGAGGAGAACCAGAAGUAUGAAGUGGAUGUUGAGGUUUGGCCUACAAAUGUGGUGCUUGAGCCUGAAGAGACUUUGAUGUUGGAGAUUGCAGGUCACGAUACUCAGGGCGUAGGAAGGUUCUCUCAUGAACAUCCGGAUGAUAGAGACACUAAGAUCUUCGAUGGAAAGAACAUUAUUACUGUCGGCGGCGAGGCGAGCUGGAUUACACUUCCUGUUAUUGACGCUCGGAAAUAG